AUGAAGAUAUGUAUAAAAGCUACAGCCAUCUCACCCCACUCUCCUCUCCCCUACCUUCCCACCAUCUCACCCCACUCUCCCCUAGCCUUUCCCACCAUCUCACCACCUCACCUACCUUCCCACCCAUCUCUCAACCCCACUCCUCCCCCUACCUUCCCACCAUCAUCUCACCCCACUCCUCACCCCUACCUUCUAACCAUCCAUCUCACCCCACUCACCCCUACCUUCCCACCAUCUCACCCCCACUCUCCUCCCUACCUUCCCACCAUCUCACACCCACUCUCCCUACCGUCCCACCAUCUCACCCCCACUCACCCCCUACCUUCUAACCAUCCAUCUCACCCCACCUCCCCUACCUUCCCACCAUCUCACCCCACUCUCCCCUACCUUCCCACCAUCCUCACACCACUCUCACCUACUUUCCCACCAGCCAUCUCACCCCACUCCUCCCCAAUCUCCCCCCACUCUCCCCUACCAUCUCACCAUCUCACCCCCACUCCCCUACCUCAACCCACUCCCCCUACCUCUCUCACCAUUCCUCACCCCUCCUACCUUCUAACCAUCCAUCUCACCCCACUCCCCCUACCUUCCCACCAUCUCACCCCACUUCCCCCACCUUCCCUCCUCACUACCUCCCCACCGUCCCACCAUCUCACCCCACUCUCCCCUACCUUCCCACCAGCCAUCUCACCCCACUCUCCCUACCUUCCCCCACCAUCUCACCCCACUCUCCACCUACCUUCCCACCAUCUCACACCUACUUUCUCACCAGCCAUCUCACCCUACUCUCCAUCUCACACCACCCUCACCCCACUUCCCACCGUCCCCAUCUCACCCCUCUCACCUACCUUCCCACCAUCUCCCACUCUCCCCUACUCUCCCCACCAUCUCACCACUAUCUCACCCCACUCUCCCCUACCUUCCCACCAUCUCGGGUAG